AUUUUGAAGGAUGAGCUGCUAAACACCCUACAGUAUUAUGGUUUCAAUCCUCCUGACAUCAUCUUUCAGCAAGACAAUGACCCCAAGCAUACCUGCAAAAAGGUCAAGGAGUGGCUAUAUGAUCAAGGAUUUAGAACUAUGGUGUGGCCUCCUGCACAGUCUCCUAACCUUAAUUAUAUUAAAUAUAGGUGGGGUUGUCUCAAGAGGAGGCUUGCAGAGUAUGAACACCCUCCUAAUGGGAUGGAGGAGUUGUGGGAAAGGAUUCAAGUAGAGUGGGAGAAGAUAGCAGUUGCAGAGUGUUGCAACUUAAUUGAAAGCAUACCUAGAAGGAUUCAAGUAGUGCUCAAGGCAAAAAUAGGCUAUACCAAGUACUGA